AUUUGAACCCAGGCCACAUUGGUAGGAGGCGAGUGCUUUCACCAUUGCACCACCCUUGCUCCUCUUCACAAACGACUGACACUUUUAUCCCCUCUCUUCUUUAAUAAAGCUUCCCCGUUCAGAGGUUCGCACCGUCGAUCGGUGUUUGCGAUGUGGUAACAGUAAGUGAAAAAUGAAAUGAUGUAAUAUGCAUAACAAAAAAAUGACGGUCAGUUCAGCUAGGAUGAGUAAGACAAUAUUGCUGUGUACCGAACACAUUGUUCACACGAUAUCCAGAUAUCUGAUGAUCUCAGAAUGGAGCAUUUCUCAUAAAUAAAUGAAAAUGAAAGUGAAAAACAGAAACUAUGAAAAUAAAAUGGUUUAUAUUUAAACGAAUCUUUUAAAGCCUUUAGUUGAACAAGGCAGCACAAAAGAGAUACCAGAUCCGUGCUGAGAAAAACUAGCAGUCGUGCGAUCGCGAACCCGGGACCGCCGGAUUGCGAGUCCAACGCGCUGACCACUGGGCCCCGCUGCCUGUUGUUAUCUUUUGUAUCCAUUCAGUCCGGGAAUUAACCGAUGAGUAAACCUAUUGGCCCAUUCAUCUUAUGGACAAGUAAAGAAUAUUUUCCAAUUUCUUCCUUUCAGGACAGUGACAACGAAAAUGAGAACGAAAGUGAAAAAUUGGCGGAUAAUGCAGAAGAACUUAGAACAACAUCUUCAAAUCCUUCAGGGACAGUCUCUUGUAAUUCCUCUUUUGAUACUAAUGUUAAUGGCCAACAGUUGGCAGAAUAUUUUAUACCCUGGUUCUACAAAAUCCUGAACACUUUUAAUACUUCAACGGAUGGAACGUCUCCAGAAUGGGGUCCGCAGCAUUUUUGGGCAGAUGCUCGAGCUUCUGUUCUGAUGGUGUCGGAUGGACAAGAGCAUGACGAAUGUCAAGGAGCGUUGGCAGUCAGUGAAAAGUUCCGUGAACUGGUCUGCAAAGAAAAACUACUCUUUAAUGCCAACGUUGGUGGGGCAAAGGGUCAGAUAGAUGCUUAUGGACUUGUAAAAAUCUCAGUUGGAGGAACUGUGCAUAGAUUUUCCAGUUGCCUGGGCAUUUUCGAACAAUCAUUUGGACUCAUUCGAGACCCUCAAAUGCAGAAUAACUGGAAAAUAAAGUUUACUGAUUUGAAGUUAAAGGCGCAUGGCGUGGAGGGUGAAAGUAGAAAGGCGAUUACAUAA